CAGCGAGCCACUUGCCCGGCAGGAGCUGCUCAGGGCCCUUCUCCUGCUGGGUUCCCAGUUCAGCGAGGAGGUGGUCGGAACCCUGCUGGGCUGCUCACUGUCAUGUGACAGUGUUGCUGCGGAGAUGUGGAAGAUGCUGACAUCCCAGCCCAAGAGCACAGAAAAGAUCCUUAGGGAGCUGGUCAGCAGGCUGCAGGGGCAGGCUCCACGACGGCAUCAGCUCUCUCAGAGACCGGCCGGCGUCGCCUCCUUGGCCGCCACAAGAGCCCUAUAUGUGAUCCUGCAGGAGCAGGCCUGCAGGCAGGAAGUGAAGGAGCUCUUCCCUCAGCUCUACGUCGCGCUGCUCUUCCAUGUCACCCACACAGUGCAGCACACUGCUUCGCAGGAGAGGGAGCAUAACCAGGAGGACAAGGCCGCACCCCUCAGCCCCGUCAGGUUCGCGGUGAAGGCCAUGGAAGCUUUGCUUCUAUGCGCUGGCUACAAGGAGCAGGCCACCUUCAUGAUGAAGCAUGGCCGCUGGGACCUGCUCAUGAGCUCCGACACGCACCACAAAGGUGUCUGCCUGCUUGCCCGGUGAGUGCUGCCCAGAACCGAUCACAGCAGCAGCUCCCCUCCCUGGCCCAG